AAAAGCUCUGCAAUUUAUUUGACUUAUUUAAUUGAUUUUUUAUUUAAAUUUAUAUAAAAAAAUUUAUAUAAAUCUUUGUUAUACUUAAUAUUUAUAUAAUAAUAACAAUAAAUUUUAUUGAGUAUACUAUUAUUUUAAUUAGCUUAAUGCCAACUUUGAAGGUUGCAGAUUGUGGAGAGGGCUGUUCAGUAAAUGGUUCAGGUGCAACAAACAAGCAAAAGGAACCAAGCACUGGAGUUGGGACUGGCUACCAAUUUAUUACUGCAAGGCAGCUGCAAGCACAAGCAAAACAAAUGCAGGAAGCAAGAAAAAUGGUGAAGAAGAAUAAUGAAGAAGCUUCACUUGGAGGUUUUUUAGGUUCUGGAUCAAAUCAAGCAACAUAAGUGUUCUUUUAAGUUCUGGCUAAAUUUCAUCUAGAGAUCCUGUGUUGUUUGUUUUUGACUUUCUGUUAGUAUGGUUUUGUUAGACUAAGCAACACACUAUGAUGUGUGUUUAGUUUUCACUAGUUGUUUCUCAGAUUUGUUGAUAUGGUCUCAUAUGUGGCAGGUUGCCUUUUGUAUAUGUCAUACUUUUAACUGGUAAU